AUGAUGGAGCUCCUCUCUGCUUUUGUCUCCGUGGUUUUGGUCAGUUUGGUCAAUGCUGGGGUUCAUGAUGAUAUACACUGGACAUACACAGAGGGAGCUUUGGACCAGAUGCACUGGCCAACAAAGUACCCUGCGUGCGGCGGCAAGAAGCAAUCCCCAAUUGACAUCCAGCGGCGCAGCGUGAGGCACAACCCAGACAUGUUACAGCUGGAGCUCAGCGGAUAUGAUACUCAGAGGGGGAAUUUCCUCAUGUCGAACAACGGGCACUCGGUUCAAAUUGACCUCCCUCCCACUAUGGUGAUCACCAAGGGCCUUCCUGGAAAAUACACAGCAGUCCAGAUGCACUUGCACUGGGGGGGCUGGGACCUGGAGGCCAGUGGAGCAGAGCACACCAUAGACGGCAUCCGCUACAUGGCAGAGCUUCAUGUCGUUCAUUACAAUUCUGACAAGUACAAGAGCUUUGCUGAGGCCAAAGACAAAGCGGACGGGCUGGCAGUACUCGCUUUUUUCUAUGAUGAUGGCCACUUUGAGAACACUUACUACAGUGACUUCAUCUCAAAUCUUGACAAAAUCAAAUAUACAGGCCAGUCCAUGAACAUAUCGAGCAUUGACGUGCGCUCCAUGCUCCCAGAGAACCUCAACCAUUUCUUCAGGUAUGAGGGCUCCCUCACAACUCCCCCAUGCUACGAGAGCAUCAUCUGGACCGUGUUUGAUACGCCCAUCACGCUUUCACACAACCAGAUCAGGAAACUGGAGAGCACUCUUAUGGACAUUGACAACAAGACCCUGUGGAAUGAUUACCGGAUUGCUCAGCCGCUCAAUGACCGUGUGGUGGAGUCCUCUUUCCUGCCACGCCUCGGCAAAGGAACAUUUUGUCGACAAGAUGAAAUAGAGUCUAGACUCCUGAGGAUCGAGGGUUUGAUAACAUCGCUUGGAAAGAACAUGCACUCAGGACCUCGCAACUCAAGGCCUUCCAGAUACGAACACGGUGAUCUGUUUCCACUGGUGUUCAACUUCCAGGACAGGAAUUCUGGCAGCUACGCUUUGGCCCGCCUCAGCCAUCACAUGGAACUGGACUCAUUCACGGCGUGCAUGCACGUCCUGCCUCAGUUUGAAGGAGUUCACACCGUCCUCUCCUAUUCCAGCAACGGCAACGACAACGAACUGAUGAUAUCCAUCGGGGAGGACUCAGAUGCCAGAGAGGUGGGCCUCUGGAUUGGCAACGAGUUUGUUAACCUGCCGCACAACUUCCGGGCCUUCGACUGGGCAAACUACUGCGUCACCUGGUCCUCUCACACCGGCGGGGCAGAGCUCUGGAUCAACGGCAUGGUUGGAGAGCAGCGGUACCUGAGGAGCGGUUACACAAUCCGCCCAGGUGGUGUGUUCAUCCUGGGGAAAGACCAGGAUGGAUUACUGGGAAUCUCUAACACGGAUGCCUUUGUGGGUAAGAUGACCGACGUCAACGUGUGGGACUAUGUGCUGACCACAGCCGACAUUCGGGACCAGAUGUCCUGUGAGGGUAACAGCACCGUGGUGGGAAACGUGUUCAGCUGGGGAAGCACCAGGGUUAGCCUGUUUGGUGGGGUGCAGCUGGACAACCAAUACAGAUGCACCUGAAAAGCCUCUUAUUCCUGCUCUACGCUUAGAAAUGUUGCUGUAACGCAAGAUACAACUGCUGAU